AUGCUGCAGAAACUCAGCGAAGGCACAAGGGCAGGUUACGAGGGAGGAUGGCGGCUCUGGGUAGCCGUGCGCCAGGCGCAAGGACUUAGCCCUUGGCUCCCAGGACGUGAUCGCGAGGAGCGCCUGGCCGACGAGGAGGCGCUCGUCAACUUCGCCGUCCUCCUAGCGCGGGUCGUCGGGAGGACCGAGGGGACCAUCAAGCAGAAGCUCUUCGCGGUGCGCUACGCCCACCUGGUGGCCGGCUACUCGGACCCCUUGCUCCACAGGGGUACACCGAUCCGCAAGGCAGAGGUGCAGCACUUCCUGACGGUCGCGGGGCUGGCCGUCGGCCUCUCUAGAGAGGAGAUCGGCAGCCAUUCCCUGAGGAUCGGCGGGGCGACUGCAAUGUACCACGUGACCGAGGACCUCUCCCGAGUGCGCCGAUUCGGGCGCUGGCAGUCGGGCGCGUUCCACGGCUACCUGUGGGAAUCGCACGAGCCGAUGAAGGGCAUCUCCGGCAAGAUGGCCAGGGACACCUCCUCGCUGACCAACCCGGCGAAGGACAACGCCCCCAGCAGAGCUGCCGCCGGCACCGAGAGUGCCAGGCGGGGAGCCGGGAGAUCUGGAGGCCGCGGCGCGGACGGGGGUGCCAAGUACCGGCCCGUGCCGAGCGCCAGCGAUGACAUCGUCGGGCCUCAGCCCGAGGUCGGGCUCCGCCGUCAAUCAAGGCACCUGCGCGAGCCCAAGGAGCGCCUGGCCGACGAGGAGGCGCUCAUCAACUUCGCCGUCCUCCUAGCGCGGGUCGUCGGGAGGGCCGAGGGGACCAUCAAGCAGAAGCUCUUCGCGGUGCGCUACGCCCACCUGGUGGCCGGCUACUCGGACCCCUUGCUCCACAGGGGUCGCCUCUGGAGCACGCUGGCAGGGCUGAAACGCUGGCAGGGGCCCGAGACCAAGCGGAAGAAGCCCGUCACGCCAGACGGGCGCUCGUGGUCCUUCGAGCGCGUGCUGCACGGGGAGGACGUAGAGCCCAAGAAGGAGGGGAAGCGAGUGGCCAGCUUCCAGGACGCCGACGAGAUGGUGAUCUACAUCAAGGGCAGCAAGACGGACCAGCUCAACGUCGGGACGGUGAAGAACCACUACCGCGCCGGCACGACGCUCUGCCCGAUCGCGGCGAUGGAGCGGCUCCAGGCUCACCAUCCUCAGCGGAUAAGGGGCACCGAAGAACGGCUGCCCCUUUUCCGCUGGGCGUCAGGUACACCGAUCCGCAGGGCAGAGGUGCAGCACUUCCUGACGGUCGCGGGGCUGGCCGCCGGCCUCUCUAGAGAGGAGAUCGGCAGCCAUUCCCUGAGGAUCGGCGGGGCGACUGCAAUGUACCACGUGACCGAGGACCUCUCCCGAGUGCGCCGAUUCGGGCGCUGGCAGUCGGACGCGUUCCACGGCUACCUGUGGGAAUCGCACGAGCCGAUGAAGGGCAUCUCCGGCAAGAUGGCCAGGGACACCUCCUCGCUGACCAACCCGGCGAAGGACAACGCCCCCAGCAGAGUUGCCGCCGGCACCGAGAGUGCCAGGCGGGGAGCCGGGAGAUCUGGAGGCCGCGGCGCGGACGGGGGUGCCAAGUACCGGCCCGUGCCGAGCGCCAGCGAUGACAUCUUCGGGCCUCAGCCCGAGGUCGGGCUCCGCCGGCAAUCAAGGCACCGGCGCGAGCCCAAGGCCUAG